GGCGGACGGCGCGAGGUGGCGCGCGCGCGCGACGAGUGACGCGAUUGGACGGCCGGCGGCUGACGUUCGCGGCGUUAUCGACCAAUGAGCGGGCGCGCCGCCGCGACGUAUCUCGUCUAGCGAGGCGAGUUUCAGAGGUGAGGUGGACCGACUGGUACACGAUCGCCAGCCGCGGCGACUCGGUUCCCCCUCUCGCUCGUCGCCGCCGUUCCUCGCCUCGCUCCGUCUCUAUCCCUCUUCCUCCUCUCCGCCCCCGCGCCCCGCGCGCCACCUCCGUCCGUCUCGCUCGCACGCACGUACGCACACGCUCCUCUCGCUUGGUUCUCGGCCCGACUUCCUCAAAUCUUUAUUUCAGGCUCGACCGCGAACUCGGGGCGAACUGGUCGAAGCGCGCGCGACCGCCCCGGUUUUUUAACCGUCCUCACGGCAAGCUCACCGCAAGCGGCUACCGCCGCCGCCGCCGCCGCCGUCGUCGUCGUCGUCGUCGUCGUCGUCGUCGUCGUCGUCGUGCAUCAUCGUGUAUACGCGCGACGUGUAUGCGCCAGGGCAGCACCCGCCGUCGCGGAGAGACGACGCGUGUCUAAAUUUGAAUACGCUCUGGCAGCGAAGAGGAGAAGCAGUGCCGUCCGCGCGUGUUACGCCGUCGGAGCUUCCGUCUUCGCCUCUCUGGUUCGCCGUCGUCGUCGUCGUCGUUGUUGUUGUUGCCACGCGUGAAAAGUAUAUUUUGAGAAAGUCGCUGUGCAUCUAGUCAACUUAUCUAGUCCCCGCGACACGCGCACGUCGCGGAUAAAAGCUAACCUAUCUCUAACCGCGCACCCCACGAACGGAGCGAGUGCGAUCCCGCGCACGCCGACCUAAGAAUAAUUCCCGACACGCCGCGACGACGUUCGUCUCUAUAAAUAAUCGCGCGCCCUUUUCGCGAAUGUGAUCGACGACGAAGGUGAAGGAAGAGGAGGAAAGCGAGCCGAGAAAAGGGAGACGAGGGACCUAGAUUUUCCAAGGAGGUUGACGCUAGAUCCUCUUCGUUUCUCGCCGAGUGGAGAAUUGACUGGCGAGCAGGGUCGCCGACGGAUCGCGAGGAAGCAGCAACGUCGCGUACGACGCAUACACGCAUACCCGCGCCAAGAGGAGGGGAAGAGGGUCCGACUCCGGGAGAGUGUGCCAAAGAGAAAAAACGCCGAUACAGAGAGACACGCAACACGGGACGACGGGAGAGAAAGAGCCGUGAGUGUCUGGUUCGUUGAUACGUUCGUCCGUUGGUCGGUUCGCAGCGCGAUAGCAGCAGCGACGGCGCGAAUUAGUGUGCGAGAGUCCGCAUCUGGCGAAGAGCUGGAGGAGGAGAGGAAAGAGCAGCAGCGGCGAGUUUUGUUUUGAUCGGCAAACGAUCGCGGCGUCUCGCGAUCUCGCCUCUUUCUCUCUCUCUCUCUCUCUCUUUCUCUUUCUCUCUCUUCCUCCUCGUGCAAGAGCGGGGGUGCUGUAUCGCGGUGUGGGGAGAUAUCGAUCGCGCGCGCGGGACCAUUGACGUCGUUCUGGAGAACGGCCGAACAUUGUAAUAGAGAAAGAGAAGGAGGGAGAGAGAGAGAGGAAGAAGAGAAAGAGAAAGGAAACGAGAGGGACGCGACACGCGUCUACCACCGCACGACGACGACAACGACGGUAUCUUCCAUCGUUCGCCGUCCGCGCGUAAAUCCGAGUGCCGCCGACGCCGACGUUGUCCUUCACCGACGCCGUCGCCGUCGUUGACGAUCGCGAUCGCGAUCCCGAGGAUCGUCCGCUCGCUCGGCCUCGCUCCCGUUGACGCUCGCGGGGUGAGAUCGAUCGAUACGCGGCUCAGCGAGGGACUCGGGCCGGCAGAUCGACCCGACUAUCCCGUCGUCGACAUGCCCCGCUGAUGAUCCAGUAGUAGGCUGCCCGAUCCGUGUUCUUAAGAUUCCAUCCAGUGAUUUUAAAGACUUGUCUCAUAUCCAAGACGUGGUGUCACAAUGGGUCGAAAAAAGAUUCAGAUUUCACGUAUCACGGACGAACGGAACCGUCAGGUGACCUUUAACAAGAGGAAAUUCGGCGUGAUGAAGAAGGCGUACGAAUUAUCGGUACUGUGCGAUUGCGAGAUUGCGCUGAUUAUCUUCAGUUCGAGCAACAAGCUGUACCAGUAUGCAAGCACCGACAUGGACAAGGUUCUCCUCAAGUACACCGAGUACAACGAACCCCACGAGUCCCUCACCAACAAGAAUAUCAUCGAGAAGGAGCAUAAGGGUGCCAUGUCUCCGGAGAGCCCGGAACCUGACGCAAUCGAAUACAAUCUUACCCCGCGCACCGAGGCCAAAUACACCAAGAUCGACGAAGAAUUUCAGAUGAUGAUGCAGAGGCAUCAACACAAUGGCAGCAGGACAAUGGGACAAUCGAAUUACACGCUACCAGUAUCUGUACCAGUGAACAGUUACGGCGAAUCUCUCCUUGGAUCUAGUCCACAGAUGGCACAUACCAGCAUCUCUCCACGUCCGUCAUCGUCCGAGACGGAUCCAGCGUAUCCGGGAGGAAUGUUGGACAUGAGCAACGGUUAUCAGUCAGCGUCACCAGUGGAUGGUUCGUCUAGUCCAGGACCUACGCCAUCGCUCGGGGUCGGUGGAGGUAGCGGAAAUAAAGGCAGCAAUCCGCCUAGGCAUUCGCCGCAACCCCCGCAACUGCCACCACCACCGCCCCAUCCUCACAGGGCUAACCUUCGAGUGGUUAUACCAACACCGCUCACACAACCUCUCUCCGAAGACACUAAUUACGAUAAUGCCCAUACGCAAUCCGCAUUGAAUACACCGGUGGUAGCGUUACAAACACCAACAGUACCAGCCGGAUACUCUAGUUUUGGACCAACAGACUACUCUUCGGAUCUCGGGAGCCUUGCAUGGUCUCAUCAGAGGUACGUUGAUGACUUAUCAAUGUAUUCGGCAGCCACCAUGUCCAGCAUCAGUGGUCUUCCUCACCUAGCUGUAUCAAGCAGUACACCACCACCAUCCACAUCGCCAUUACCCGUAAAGAUAAAAAGUGAACCGAUAAGUCCACCCAGAGAUCCGCAUGGAGGUAAUAGCGGGUCCAAUGGCGGACCUAGCAAUGUACAUCAUACGAGCUUGAACGUUGGUCCUUCGUCCAGUACCGGUGCCCCGCCGCCGCAUCACGUGUCCCAUCCGGGGGGCCCUCAAACACUGAACUUAGUAUCAAGCAGACCGAGUAGUAAUCCACCUCCGUCCCAUGGUAGCAUAACGCCGACAUCCCCGGGUAGUGGUACGGUUGGUGACAUUAGAACGAACCAUUCUAGCGGUGGCGGCGGAAAUGGAGGGAAUAGUUCCGACUACGAGAACGGACCGCUCAUGAAGCGCUCGAGAAUCACGGAGGGUUGGGCGACUUAA